AAUUCUUUAUUCCAAAAAAAAACAGCACUCAAGUGUCAGAAGCGAGGCUGAGCCUAUGCUGUAACUGUUCGGGUCUGAAGAGAUAACCACAUCAUCUAUUUUCAGGCUUGGGAGGAAGCAUGGUGGGCGUAUUGUGCCAUGAAUAUGUAUAAUCUAAUGGUAUAUACAGUAAAGCGAUCCUAUUACUGUCCUCCCCGGAGCUUCUUGUUAGUUUCCAUGGAAGUGAGUGAAAUUGACAGCGACUGGGAUUCGAGAUCAUGUGGUUGUAUUUUAUGUGUGUGUGUGUGUGUGUGUGUUUGUGUGUGUGUGUGUAUGUGUGUGUCUGUGUGCGCGCGCGCGCGCGCGCUCUCUCUCCCUCCUCUGGUCUCCCUCGGAUCCCUUUUUUUUUGUUGAUGUCGCUUUUCCCCCCUAAUUAUAUGCAUGUAGGUUAAAUGAAUACCUGACGAAAGGCUCCACGUUUUCAGCAGUGAAAUUUGAUAGCCGAGAGAGAGAGGGGGAAAAAGUGGUUAAUGAAAACCCAACCGUUGGAAUUCUGAAUGUGAAUUCAAUUGUGCGGCUGCAAGAAAUGAUCAGUAGCGCGAGUGUUUAUGGCUUGAAGAUGCAGUGGACCCCGGAGCAUGCCCAGCCUCUGAGCCAGUGGCCGGAACAGCACUUUGACAUCUCCUCCACCACACGAUCUCCAGCCCAUAAAGCAGACGUGUUCAGAGGCCACCUGCAACGCACCUAUCAGUACGCCUGGGCCAAUGACGAUAUCUCUGCACUGACUGCCUCAAACCUGCUGAAGAAAUAUGCAGAGAAAUAUUCUGGCAUUUUAGAAGGCCCCAAUGAACGAUCUAUCUUGAGUAGCUAUUCGGAGGGGCCACCAGGACUGGUUAAUGGGCGGAAGACCGAAGGCGAGGCUUGGCAGCCUUCAGUGAACUCGGAGGGCGUGUAUCCCAUGAGUUGUGUCCCGGAUGUCAUAAGUGCCGGCAAAACGGGAGUGACCACUGCCCUUCCACCGACGGAUGCUUCCGGAAACAUUGGGAGCUCCCCUGGUGUGGCCAGCAACCUGCCAGAGCCGAGCUAUUCCAGCAGUACCUGCAGCAGUCUCCAUUCUGGGCUCCCACCGGUUGGUGCAUCUCAGGAAUAUGCCACGGCUUACAAUGGUUCUUACUUGCAUUCGAGUUACAGCAGCCAGUCAGCCCCAGCACUUCCAUCACCUCAUCCGUCUCCUUUGCACAGCUCCGGGCUUCUACAGCCACCCCCUCCCCCACCGCCCCCUCCCCCUCCCCCUUCCCUAGUCCCUGGCUACAGUACAGGUUCCUCCGGCACUGUGUAUAAUUAUCCUGCAGCUAGCUACCCCCCACAGACUCCUGUUGGCCCCGGAUACAGUCCUGGUGCAGCCCCGCCUCCCUCUGCUUACCUGCCAUCAGGUAUUGCUGCCCCAACACCCCUCCCUCCCACCACAGUACCGGGUUACAGUUACCAGGGCCAUGGCUUGCCGCCGAUUGCUCCAUCUCCGCUCAGUAACAGUUCAGCCAACUCCCUGAAAAGAAAAGCUUUCUACAUGGCAGGGCAAGGAGAAAUGGACCCCAGCUAUGGAAAUUACAAUUACGGACAACAGCGGACUGCUCAGAGCCCCAUGUACAGAAUGCCAGAUAACAGCGUUUCAAACGCGAGCCGGGGAAAUGGCUUUGACAGGAGCGCAGAGUCAGCACCUCUAGCGUUUAAACCAACAAAACAGCUGAUAGUCAGUGAUCAACAAAGAAAAUUCAGCAGCCAGUCCAACAGGGCGCUCACGCCACCUUCGUACAGUGCUGGUAAAAAUUCCUUAGGACCGUCGAGAUCGAGCGACUCCUUCGGAAAAUUCACCUCGCCAGUAAUGAGCGAACGCAGUGAUGAGCACAGGCAGCUCCUCCCACACCCACUACAGGGCCCAGGCAUUCGUGCAGCUACCUCAUCUAACCGGCCAGCUGAUGAACAGUUAAAGAACACUGACUCAAACCUCAUUGAACUUGUUACCAAUGAAAUUAUAAGCCAGGGUCCUCCACUGGACUGGAGUGACAUUGCGGGACUUGAAAUGGCCAAGGCGGCUAUAAAGGAGGAAGUGUUAUGGCCUAUACUGAGGCCUGACGUUUUCACCGGACUCAGUGCUCCACCUAGAAGCAUCCUUUUCUUUGGUCCUCAAGGAACAGGCAAGACGUUAUUGGGUAGGUGCAUAGCUAGUCAACUAGGUGCCACCUUCUUUAAAGUCAAUGGCUCAGCACUUAUUUCCAAGUGGCUGGGGGAAGGGGACAAAAUCAUUCAAGCUUCUUUCCUUGUAGCACGCUGUCGUCAGCCCUCUGUCAUUUUCAUCAGCGAAGUUGAUUUGCUUCUCUCGUCCCAAGUGAAUGAAGAGCCCAGUCCCAUCAGCCGUAUUAAAACAGAGCUUCUCAUGCAACUGGACACUUCAGUGACCUCUGUGGAGGAUCAAGUUGUGGUAAUUUGUGCAACCAGUAAACCCGAAGAAAUAGAUGAAACUGCUCGCAGAUACUUUAUGAAACGACUUUUAAUCCCAUUACCUGACAGUACAGCAAGGCACCAGAUGGUAAUACACUUGCUCUCACAACACAACUACUGCCUCAGUGACAAGGAGAUCACACUGAUGGUGCAGCGUACAGAGAGCUUCUCUGGCUUGGAUGUGGCUCGACUGUGUCAGGAGGCAAUGGUAGGCCCUCUCCACGCCAUACAGGGGACGGACCUUUCAGCCAUCAUGCCUAAUCAAUUGAGGCCAAUCACUUACCAGGACUUCGAUAAUGCUUUUUGCAAGAUCCAGCCAAGCAUUUCCCAGAAGGAAUUGGACGUGUAUGUUGAAUGGAACAAAAUGUUUGGCUGCAGUCAGUGAUAAUCCUGUGCAUAUUCAGUGAUCAUUGGUCACAGUGAUGUGCUACGUAGGGAUAUGAAACCCCUUUUUCAGUAGUAUUACAGUUGAAAAAGGUACUGAGGAGAUAACAGUGACCUUGGCAAAAUGACUGAAAGUCAGGGUAAACUUGAAGGAAGAGCGCAAAGUCAGAGCUACUCAAGUGUAAGCUGCAUACGGAAGAGCUUAUGUUGAUAUUCAGUUCUGCUCAAAGAAGACGACGCUCACCAAGGUGCAGAGAAAAGUGGGUUGCUUUCAAAGGACAGGAGCCCUCUGUGUUGAUUCCAUUCUGCUGUUCUUGAGAUUCAGUUGCUGUCAAGUGCCUGAAGUGGUGCUUUAUUUUUUUUUGUUGCCUCACAAUUCAGUUGGUGGCAUGUGCUAAUACAAGAGCUGUAACUUUUAAACAAUUUUGAACAAGAUGUUUAUUGAGAAAUGAAAGGUUGUUAUAGGAGGUUGCUAGCCAGCUUUUGCCAUUCUUAAGGACAACAGUAUUCCUCAAACCUGUCUGUUCUGCAGUAUCACCUGAGAACAGUUAUAGCAGGGUAUUGAUAAUCUGGACCUUAAUUUUAGCAGUUCAGUUCUUUUAAUGUUCUGUCCGCAAAUACUCAGGAAAGUGAUUGUAAUUUGUACCUCAAAGGAAUGUGUUGAAAGCACUAUGUAUUGCUGAGAGUCAUAGGCUGGGUUUCUCAUUACUAAUAUUACUGUAUGUUUACCUCAAAGAAAUGAAUAGCGAGGAGAUGACUUUGAAUGUAUCCAGGUUUAUUCUGAAGUGGUCUGUCAGAACCUUUUACACCGUUCAGCUCUUUCAAGCCGAACAGAAGGAUGAAUCCUUAUUGUGAAAGUGAUUGCUUUCCAACUUGGGGGUAAAUUCAGCCCAAGCUCCUCUUUAUCUUAGUGAACUUUAGCAACUGACAAUGUUUGUAAUCUUACAGUAGCUGCAGUACCCAGUCAGGAGGUGCACAUGUCAAUUGAAAGCCACUUUAAUAAUUAAGUAUUUGGGGAAAUAAUUUUUCAUGUUCUUUAUUUGGUGAUUCAUUACUAUGUGAAAGGCACACUUAGUUGUGAACUAUGACUGUUGACCUUCAAGCCUCUUGACGACUGGUUACAGUUGUAGCUUCUAGGUUAUUGAGAUGGGGGUUGGGAAGGGUUCCUUGUGUCAAAGUUGGAAGGUCAUGGGUCACAGAGCUACAUGUGGCAGGCAGUUGGCUGGCUGCAGGAUAAGCAGUAGCUAACCACGAAAAUGUGUGCAAGAUUUUCAGUCUGCUCUAAGGAAAACUAAUCAUCUGUACUCAGCUUUGGAUUAAUUUAACCACCAUUCCUCAUAGAUGUGCUGAAACCCAAGGAGGAACUAUGUCCUGCUUUCUGUUCUACCUCAGUUUUGUUAUCUUCUCUCUGAAAGCAGAUUAUUAGAGGGUUUUUUUGGAAGUCAGAUUACACUUUGGUAUGCUAACCUGCAGAACAAGUUUCUGUGAGCUGCUAACUUUCCCUCAAGUGAGCUUCACGUUUCUCCCUUCUUCAGCCGCACAUUCUGCGGAGUGUUCUUUCUGGAACAACUAUUAGCUGGCAUGUGUGGCAUUUUUAUCACCCCUCCUGUGUUGUCUUUCUUUUUAUCCUUUAAUGCUUUAUGUGCAACUUUUUUUUUGUUUUUGACAGCUGAUUGAUGUUGGGUAAUGUCUCUGAACAGGAGUAGCUUAGGUUGCAGCUGCCCCAAAGCUUGUGACUGCAUGAGGAGAACAGUCUCGCUCGCUGCUGAAUGUAAUGUUUUUUUUUCCAAUUCUUUAUUUUAUACAGUUAAAGAACUGUUGCAAAGCACUGGUACUUUGUGUUGCCAUUAAAUAAUGUAAGUUUAAAAGCAUUUUUUUUAAUCUGCACUGAAAAUGCCAAACUAGAAGAUAAGGAUGUUAGGUUUUGCCCCAUGUAUUAAUUUUGUGGGGAAAAAAGGCUCAUUUAAUUAGAAUUUCAGAGCAUCAUUCUCACAAUUUUUUUAAAUGAACAGCUAGAGUCUAAAAUCAAUAUUUCUCUUAAAAGUUUGCCAAUGCACUGUGCUGACCCUUUUAUUUUUGUUGUGUUUAGGUUAGCCAUUACUUUUGGUGUCUGCUUUCAAAGUAGAUUUUUAUUUCAAUCUUGAUGCAUUUAUUGGAAAUGAUGAAGUGAAACUUAAUUCAAUAAUUCCGGCUCACCCUCCAAUUGGAAGAACUAAUAAUGGGUUUUAAUAUUGUCUUUAGCUUGGGUUCUUUUGGAGUAAGAUGGAAGUGUAAUUAUGGACAUCAGUGCUGUGGGCCAUUCCACCUUAAUGUGCCACUUAAAUGUGACAUUGUGCAGCCAUUAUAUAUCCAAACAAGCUUUAAAAUCAAACAUUUCAUACAAUUUCAACCAAUGCAUGCCACCGGACCACAGCUAUUAAAAUUAGCAUGGGCUGUCCACAUGUGUUUUUUUUUAUUCAUAUAUAGUCUUGUGAAUGUAAAGUGGAAACCAAAACGUGGUGGAAAAUAUAAAUUUUGUCCCAAAUUAAAAUUUCAUAUUUUAUCUUUUUUUAAUAAAAACUUUUCCAAAUUCAUAUUGAAUUUAAAAAAAAGAGGUAAAAGACCAGCUUACAUGUUUAGAAUUUAUUUGUUCCAGAAUUUUCUUAACAGCCUGGUAUUUCUAACAGUAAUUUAAAUUCUGGCCGUCUAAACUAAUUAGCAGAAUGUGAAAUUAGUUUUAUUUGUGAAAGCUCUUUAGUCAGCACUCAUGCUCUUGAAGUGUAAAUAGGUUUAAUGUUGUGCUGGAGGUCAUUCAGUCAGAGAUGCUGGAGUGUGUCAGGCAAUGAAAGUCUGUAUUAUGUUUUUUGAGUCAUUGUUAAAUUUUACACAAACAGCUAAUAGCACAGAGAUAGGCAGCAUUUAAUUACAAUGGUACAUUCUACCUCCUUCUCCCCACCCCACCCCCAGCCCUAAACAGUUGUUCCUGUAUCAGCACACAGUCCUUGCCUGUCAUUUUAAAUUCUUCUCCGUUCUUAAACGUAACACUAGUAUUGUAGCACAAUACACAGCAUUGUUAAAGGCAGUUCAAUUUAAAAUGGAAGGAUGGCACAUCUGAGUCCUUAUGAUAGCUACAAUGCAGGCGGUUUGGGUCAGUCAUGCUGCGGGACUGAGGAAAAAUGAAACGAUACAACUGAAUGUUCAGUAUUUAAAAUAGUCCUACUGAAGUGUUUUGAGCACAAUCAUUCAUCAUAAAGCUACUAUUGUGAAAGAGCUUAAAAAAAAUUAUUUGCGAUUUUAGCCACUCAGAAUUUUCUUUUAGCCUACAUCUGUUGUAAAUUCAAACAUUGUUGCAUUCUUUGUAACCAUUUCUACCUCAUUGCUACAUAUUGUACAUGUAGUAUUUAUUAUUUUAUGUCCUUUUUGAAUGUCAUGCAUUUGUAAAAUAAGACUUGUCCUUGAACUUGGAACAGUCUACCUCAGAAAGACUGUCAUUACACUGAACAGUAUUAUCAACCUAAAUGAUAGGAAGCAUUAGAAAAGUGUGGCCGUGUAGAUAAUGCACACCUACUGGUGGUAUUGUUGGACUGGAAAAUGUUACUGAUGACCAGACUAUUUCUGUAGGAUGUUUGUUACUGUAUACACCUUUUUAUGUAGCCGCACACGCUACAAAUAAUUUGUGUGUCAUAUUUAAUUCUGGCCAAUCAAACAAUUGAGGAUUGUGACAAAAAUUUUAAAAAACACUUGAUCCCUAAAGUAAUUUUUUUUUAAAAAAGGAAAUCCUUCAAUAUACAGUGUCAUAAAUUAUAAAUAUUUUCAGCAGGUUUUAAAAUAUGUACAUAUUAUUUUGUAUCUGCUGAAACCAAAUUAAGUCUUUCCCUCAUGGUGUAAAGACUCUCUUCUAUCAUUUAGGCUGCACAAUAUCAUUGUUUUUUUAUAUAAAGUCAAUUAAUUCACAUUUGUGAAUAUUAUUUGUGUAAAUGAAACAUUUCUGGUUUAAACUUUUGUUUCAGUUGCUGAUGUAAUGGGAUCAUUAUAUGGUUGAAUGUAUGUGCAUAGGAAACUGCUUUACAAUUAAAAUUGGUGAUCUCGACUGAGUUCCUGAAAUCGUUGCAAUGCAUUUUGUCCUCAUUGGUGCAGUAUCAUUGUAAACUUCUGCAUCUCAGUCGUAGGAAGUAGUGAGGCACUGUAGACUGAAAAUUCAGUGCUGAAUCCUAUUAUAUUAUCUAGCCACAUAGAAUCUUUCUUUUCAUAAUUACUUGCUACCACAGGGAAAUUAUUGGAGUAAAUUUUCAUAUAGAAUAACUAGUUUAAGUAGUGACCAUUAAAAGAAAAUUUGUGGUUCAAGGCAGAUAUUUUUAUGAAAAGUUUUCUCUAUUGUACAAUUUGUUGUAUAUGGCUAUGCUACUAAAUAUGGAAACAGAAAAGA